UACGUAUAUAUAUUAUUAUCUCAAUUACCCAUUUUUCCUCAUCCUCCAUUUGUGAUAUUUUUCCAAGGAGAAAAUAUGAAUAACUUCUCUAGACUUAUUUUCUUGGUCACGGCUUUUAUUUAUUUAUUUCAUAUUUCAUUAGCUUCCAUAGUUUCAACAGGAGAUUUCAAUAAGGAUUUUCCCGUGAUCACUUGGUCCCCUAGCCAUGUAAAUACUUCUGCAGAUGGCCAUACAAGAAGCUUGAUAUUUGAUAAGGAAUCUGGUUCAGGGAUUGCUUCAAAUGAUACUUACUUGUUUGGUCAAUUCGACAUGAAAAUUAAGUUGAUACCAGGAAAUUCCGCAGGCACCGUCGUGGCAUUUUAUUUAACUUCGUAUCAACCAAAUCGUGACGAGGUAGAUUUUGAGUUUCUGGGAAAUGUUCCUGGGAAGCCUUAUACUCUUCAAACGAAUGUAUAUGUCGAUGGGUUGGACGACAGAGAACAGAGAAUCAAUUUGUGGUUUGAUCCAACACAAGACUUCCACACUUAUUCUAUUCUGUGGAAUCUUCAUCAAAUUGUGUUUAUGGUUGACCGGGUACCUAUUAGAACAUACAGAAACCAUGCAGAUAAAGGAGCUAAAUAUCCUCGUUGGCAACCAAUGGGACUCCAAAUUAGCAUAUGGAAUGGAGAAACAUGGGCAACAGACGGUGGAAAAACAAAAAUUGAUUGGUCAAAAGCACCAUUUGUAGCCUCUUUAGGAAAUUACACAAUUGAUGCUUGUGUUUGGCAAGGAAAUGCAAGAUUUUGCAGAGGAGAAAGUGAAACUAAUUGGUGGAAUAAGGAGAAAUUCAGCACUUUGACAUGGACUCAAAGAAGGUUGUUCAAAUGGGUUAGAAAAUAUCAUUUGACAUAUGAUUAUUGCAUGGAUAAUCAACGGUUUCAAAAUAAUCUUCCCAUAGAGUGCUCUCUCCCAAAGUAUUAAUCAGUAACGUCGAUUAAAGGUGUCAAAUGAAUGAAUUGGACUAAAUUCGAAAGAGUAAUAUUUUCAUGGACUAAAUUUAAUGCCUCUCGCAACAAUGUAUGAUUGAAAAGAAAAGAAUCUUUUCUUUGCACUUUACGUACCCAUUUGUUUGUUGAAAGUCCUUUUAUGAAAGAAUCUUUAUCCUUGGAAGUAAUUAAAGUGACUAUUUUUACUUUUGAUAUACAAGGUAUUAAUUAAUCUUUAUUCCUCUUGCUUUACAUUUUGUAUUCUAGUUUUAUUUAUAGGGUGGCUGGAUAUUGGGUCGGUGAUAGUACACCUUUUCCUAGUUCGUGUAAUGUUCAAUAUAAUGUUUUUUUCUUCUUCUUAAUAUCAAGAAUGUUUUUUGCUGGCUUC